AUGGGUGAAAUUACACAUAGAAGUAACAAUGAAACUUAUACUUUCGAAACUCCUCCAGCAGAUUCUUCAAUUGAAAUUCUAAACGAAUUCUACUGGACAAAAGAAACAGAACCACAUGGUACUAGAAGAAAACAAAUAUUGGAAAAAUAUCCAGAGGUUAAAAAGUUAACAGGGUAUGAACCUAAAACCAAAUGGUAUAUAUUUGGAAUUUUGAUAUUACAAUUUUCAGUUGCCUAUUACUUAAGAAACACACCACUUUUCAGCUUCAAAUUUAUAGCGUUGGCAUAUGUCAUUGGUGCUACGUGUAAUCAAGCGAUAUUCUUAGCUAUACACGAGUUAUCUCAUAAUUUGUUAUUCAAGAAGCCACUUCACAAUAAACUCUUUGCAAUUUUCACUAAUAUGCCUAUCGGGAUUCCAUAUUCUGCUUCGUUCCAACCAUAUCACCAGUUACACCAUAAAUUUUUAGGUGACGAAUACUUAGAUGCUGAUUUGCCUACUAAAUUUGAAGGUAUCUUUCUCUCAAAUGUUUUGGGCAAGGUGUUUUUUGCCAUAUUCCAGAUCCUUUUCUACGCAUUAAGACCAAUGUUUAUCACUCAGAUCAAGUUUACGUAUAUCCACUUAUUAAAUAUUGCAUACCAGGUCAUAGUAGAUUACCUCAUGGUUAAUUAUUGGGGUGGAAAUUCACUUGGAUAUUUUAUUAUGAGUUCAUUUUUGGCUGGAUCUUUACAUCCAUGCGCCGGUCAUUUCAUCGCCGAACACUAUGUCUUAAAUGAAAACAAUAAGUCAAGAUCUGGAAAUUUAGAUAAAGCUAAUGGAAAUAUAACUAAGGAAUUAUUACCUGAAGAGACAUACUCUUACUAUGGUCCUUUAAAUAGAUUAACUUGGAAUGUUGGAUAUCAUAAUGAACAUCACGAUUUUCCUUACGUCGCCUGGACCAAAUUACCAGAAUUAAGAAGGAUUGCCGCUGAAUUUUAUGACCCUUUGCCUCAGGUUGAGUCGUGGUGUGGAGUGAUUUGGUGGUUUUGCUUUGAUGAUAUAAAUACAUUAUGGAAUAGAGUCAAGAGAAAUGGUAAAGAAAAGCAUGGAUAUAAUGUUGGAAUUAAGUUAGAUGUUAAUUAA